AUGAUUACCCGAGCCUGGGCCAAGACUGGGCCACCAAGCCUCGGCCGGCCCAAUGAUUAUCCGAGCCUGGGCCAAGACUGGUUGGCCAUAGAAUGGCUGAGGCAAAAGAACCCUGGUGGCCAGGCAUGGGCCAGUUCUGAACUGCCACCUGGUUGGGAAAAAUGUACCACGGAUAAUGGAAAAACUUUAUUUAUUGAUCAUUUAAACUGUACAACAACUUAUACUGAUCCUCGAUUGGCCUUUGCUGUUGAAUAUAGAGACCCAUCUCAAUCAGUUCGCCAGAGGUUCGAUGCUAGUAGCUCAGCUUUAUCUGUCUUACAUGGUAAAGAUUUAAGAAACAAAGUUGCUUUAAUAACCGGAUCAAAUACGGGCAUUGGAUUCGAAACUGCAAAAACAUUAGCUUUUCAUGGUUGCACAGUUAUAAUGGCUUGUCGGAAUUCUAAAAAAGCUGCUGACGCUAUUCGAAAGAUAAAAAGUAUACGAAAUAAUGCAGCUUGCGAAGCGCUUUUUAUGGAUUUAUCGUCAUUACGCAAUGUUAAAAAUGCAGUCAAUGAAUUCAAACAAAAAUUUCGGUAUCGUAUAAUAUAAUACAAUUUUAUAGUUAGAUGUAUGCCGAUGUAUUGUUUAUACUUAAAUUACAGCUGAAAAUUCAAUAUAUUAUAUUAUAUUCAAUGAAGUUAACUACAUUACUCUAAAAAUUUAAAGAAGCA